AGAAAAAAAAAAAAAAAAAUGGGUUAAGGGAUCGGGAAGGGCAAGAGGCAGGAGACGUGCACCGCCUGUGCAGUAGCUUGAGACAUCAACCCGGUAUUCCAAGAAAAGAAACUUUGUUACUUUAACCAUCCGUCUAACCGAUACCCAAACGCGACGCUGCCUUUUCUUCCUCAUCUCCAACUAGUGAUCUUCUAGUGUAGUCCAUACUGCAACAAAUCUGUUCAUAGAAAGCCUCGGAACCAUACACACGCAUGUAUAUGGAUGUGUGUGUAUAUAUAUGUUCUUAUUGAAUCGAAAUCGAUUUGAAAUUCGUAGGGUUUAGGUUUUAUAUAUACAUCUCAGAUGAAGCCGAUCAGGCUGCCUGAACCGCCCGCCGGUCCCGGUCCCAUGGGCGUGCCGGACAUAUUCGAAGGCGGUGUCUACGGCGUCAUCAGGCGGGCUGUUAUCAUUGGCAACGGUUUUCCGGCUUCCGAGAAUCAAAGCAUCGGAUUGGUUCGAGCACUGGGCCUUUCUGAGAAGCAAAUUUUAUAUCGGGUUACGAGGCCAAUGGGAGGAAUUAAUGAGUGGCUUCAUUGGCUUCCAGUUUCUCUCCACAAAAUGUUGGAUUACAUCAUUUGGCAGAUCUGUGGUUAUUCACAUAUUCUAUUGACUGCCAGGAGGAAGAAUGUUCCAUUUAUGCCUACUGAAAAUGGUGGCAGUGCAGGUUUAUCAUCUAUUUUAGAAGCAGAUGUGAAGAAGAUUGUAACAAUGACGAGGGAGACUUUUGAGAGGGACGGCCCAUUAUUGGUGGUCGCAUCUGGCAGAGAUACCAUUUCAAUUGCAAGCUCUAUAAAAAGAUUAGCAUCUGACAAGGUGUUUGUUGUUCAGAUUCAGCAUCCAAGGUCCCAUUUAAAUAGGUUUGACAUGGUGAUUACCCCUCAACAUGAUUACUACCCCUUGACUUCACACGCACAGGAGCAGGUUCCUUGGUUUCUACGGAGUUGGAUAACUCCACGUGAACCUCCUGAAAAACAUGUGGUCCUCACCAUAGGAGCUCUUCAUCCAAUUGAUUCUGCCGCACUCAGGACUGCAGCAAGCACCUGGCAUGAUGAGUUUGCACCUUUGCCAAAGCCAAUACUUGUGGUUAACAUCGGAGGGCCUACAAGCCGCUGUAGAUAUGGUGCAGACCUUGCAAAGCAGUUAACAGCUUCUUUACACAAUGUCCUCGAGAGCUGUGGGAGUGUAAGAAUUUCUUUCUCAAGGAGGACUCCUGAAAAGGUUCGCAACGUAGUGUUGAAAGAACUUGGAGAUCAUCCAAAGAUUUACAUAUGGGAUGGUGAAGAGCCAAAUCCACACAUGGGACAUCUAGCUUGGGCUGAUGCUUUCGUCAUCACAGCUGAUUCAGUCAGUAUGUUGAGUGAGGCUUGUGGCACAGGGAAGCCUGUAUAUGUCAUUGGAGCUGAACGUUGUACGUGGAAGUUCGUAGAGUUCCAUAAGGCUAUGACGCAACGAGGUCUAGUUCGGCCUUUCACUGGGCUUGAGGAUAUGUCAGAAAUCUGGAGUUAUCCUCCUCUAAAUGACACUGCAGAAGCAGCCAAUCGGGUGCAUGUGGCACUUGCUGAGCGGGGAUGGAGGUUGCGACCAUAGGGGAUUAUAUACUGUAUUAGUAGUGUGUUUAAAGCUGCUGUCGUUCGAGAACCAGGUUUCUUAUUGAUGAACACAUGGGUAAAUUGAUAUAUUUAUCUUCCCACUUGGGAUUUUUGAGAUAUGUAAAAUAAGUAUCAGCUGCACGGGCGGCUUGUAAAAUAGAAGAGGCAGGCUUGUUUGUAUACAACGAUUCUCACACAAAUCUUGCAUAGGUGGUUUGGUUUUUAAGAUUACUUUUUAGGGUCAAGAUAAAUUUUUUACUCGUGCUCUAGGAAACCCUAAGACCAGCAAGUUUGAUGCAAAUCAAUGUCGGACUUGGGUUUGAUGCCAAUCAAUGAUUCAUUUUGAUCAUCUCUAUCAUUGAUGUUCGUUUUUCUUUC